AGUCUCAUUCGCAUCCUAAACUUCUUCAGCAACCGUCCACAAUGAAAAAUCCCGACAUUCCCGCUUCAGUCUGGAGGUUGAAAGUGGAGGUGUUGAAGUGGUGUCUAGCGUGCCUUGUUGUCUGCACCUCUGUGUGUGUGAUGUAUGUUCAGUGGACGUAUAUCUGGAUGCUCAGGGCUGAAAUGGCUGAAAUAACCCAGCGGUUCAGGCCUCUGGAUGCGGCGGGGAAUGACGGGGGGAAAUGUCCUGACGCCGCCUGCUACGGGGUAAACUGUUAUCAAAGAUUCCCUGAGAGACGGACACACAGAAGGGUUCGAGACAAAAGACAUGUGCCCGAACAAAGGAAACAGAGAAAGAAGCGACAAAGUGACACAACAUUUCUCCAUCUGGUUCCUGUGUCCUCGCAGUCAUACAAUGAUGACGACAGCACUGUUCUGUCUUGGGCCAUUGGACAGAGCAGAGGAGUCGGGCUUCAGCUAUCAGGUGAUACUGUAACAGUGGAGGCUGAGGGAAGCUACUUCAUUUACAGUCAGGUGCUGUACAGAGACACCACCUGGGUGAUGGGUCACGUGAUCACAAAGAGGCUGAAAGGGGCGGAGUCUAAACUGAUGAAGUGUCUAAAGAGCAUGCCCAGUAACGUCAGCCAGCCACUCAAUACCUGCUACACUGCUGGUAUUUACUUCCUGGAGUCUGGGUCUACUCUUCAGCUCUCUGUUCCUCGCAGAUCUGCAGAGCUCAUCCUCACUGCUCACGCUACCUUCAUGGGGCUCUUUAGCAUAUGACACACACACACACACACACUCGCACACACAAACUCACUCACUCAGAGGCACUCAUACACACACUUAAAUACACUCACACACACGCACACUCUCUCUCUCUCACACACACACAUACACACACACUCACUCUCAGACUCACACACGCACAUCCACACCAUCUCACUCAUAGACUCACAGUCACACACACUUACUCAGUCACGCCUGCACACUCACACACACACACUCACAUGCACACACUGUAAUACACACACGAACACACCUACACUUCAUUUCCCAUAACAG